CUGAUCUAUGUAAAGUUGAAUAUGCUUCUUUUGACACUGCUGUGGAGAUGAUCAGUAAGCUUGGUCAAGGUGCUUUGUUAGCAAAGUUAGAUAUAAAAUCAGCUUUCAGGCUGCUACCAGUCCACCCACAGGAUUUUGAAUUACUUGGUUUUAAGUUGAUGGGGAAUUUUUUUGUUGAUCGUUGUCUUCCUAUGGGAUGUUCAAUUUCAUGUUCAUUGUUUGAGAAAUUUGCAACUUUUUUAGAAUGGGCUGUUAUAAAGAACUCCAGUAUCCCUAGUAUAGUUCAUUAUUUGGAUGAUUUUUUGUGUGCUGGGGAGCUUGAAAGUACUAAUUGUAGAAUCCUUAUGCAUGCGCUACAACAGACUUGUAUAGAACUGGGGGUGCCAUUGGCAAAUGAAAAAACUGAAGGGCCUGUACAAAUUCUUGUAUUUUUGGGUUUGGAAAUCAAUACACAGGAUAUGUCAGUUAGAAUUCCCCAAGGCAAGCUUUUAGAACUCAAAGAAAAACUGUUGGCUUUGUACAAUUGUAAGAAAGCAACAGUAAAAGAGAUUCAAGCAUUGACCGGCCUUUUAAACUUCUGCUCUAGAGCCAUACCCUGUGCCAGAGCUUUCAAUAGACGUUUUUAUGAUUCAAUUUCUGGCAUGGUAAACCCACGUCAUCAUGUGCGUUUAACCUGUGAUUUGAAGGAGGAUAUUCAAGUUUGGCUAGUUUUCCUAGAAUUUUUCAACGGAGUAACAUAUAUACCAGAUUUGGAGUGGACAUCAGAUACACAACUUGAACUUUUUACUGACAGUGCUGGGGGUAGUCAGCUUGGAGGGGGUGCUUACUUCCAGGGACAUUGGGUGUUCUUUCCCUGGCCUCCGGCUUGGAUUGGUACUGUGGUGCUUCGUGACAUCACUUUUCUUGAGUUGGUCCCUGUAGUUCUGGCUUUUCACAUUUGGGGUAGCUUCAUGUCUAAGCGCAAGAUAAUCCUCCACAUAGACAACAGUGCAUUAGUGGCUUGCAUCAAUAAAAAGUCCUCGAAGUCUAAGAGAGUAAUGCAUUUGCUUCGACCCUUUGUACUGGAUAUCAUGAUCAACAACAUUCAGUGUAAGGCAACUCAUUUGGCUGGAACUAAAAACCUUAUUGCUGAUGCAAUUUCUCGUCUUCAGUUGACAAGAUUCAGACACCUGGCCCCUUCAGCAGACCAGGAACCAGCCAAAAUUCCAAGAUCAUUCCAGGCAUUAAUCUCAACUCUGAAGCUGUCCGAUUGUUGAAUGCAUCUCUUUCUUCAAAUACCAAAAAAGCAUAUGGACAGGCCUUGCUAGCUUUUGAGAGUUUUAGAAAUAGUAGAUUCAGUAAUAAUGUUUGGCCACCUAGCUGUCAGCAGGUUAUAGACUUCAUUGCCUUCAAAUCAGCUGGUGGUUUUUCUCCAAGCACAGUUCAAACUUCUAUAGCUGCUAUAUCUUUUAAAUGCAAUAGCUUAAUGGUAGAGAAUCCCACAGACAAUUUUGUGGUUAAAAAAAUGUUGCGUGGUAUGUCACGCCUUAAUAAGAAAUCAGACUCUCGUUUACCAAUAACACCAGAUAUCCUUGUUAAAAUUCUGAAUUCCCUCCCUGCUGUAUGUUUUUCUGUGUAUGAGACCAAACUUUUUUCGGCCAUUUUUUCCUUGGCCUAUUUUGGGUUUUUCCGCAUAGGGGAAUUAGUACAAACAAGUUUCACACCAGGCACUGGGAUGCAUGUUCUAAAAAGAGAUAACGUUAGAAUGUUGUAUAAUGAUUCGUUGCUGCAGGUAGCAUUACCUCAUUCUAAGACUGAUCAGGACGGUAAAGGGGUUGUGCUGGAGUUCCCAUCAGGUGCAUCCCCUUGUCCUGUCAAACGAGUCAAGGAUUACUUGGCUGUACGACCUGCGCUUGGGGGUCCAUUUUUUGUCAUUUUGGAGGGAAGCCGGUCACUAGAUACCAGUUUAAUUCACUUUUGCAUAAGAGUCUAACAUUUUCAGGUUUUAAAACUGGUGAUUUCAAAUCUCAUAGUUUUCGAAUCGGAGCUGCAACAAAUGCAAGUAGUGUAGGCAUGUCAGAAACUGAAAUCAAACAAUAUGGGAGAUGGGAAUCUCGUGCAUACAAGUCUUAUGUACGAAUCCCAACAGUUAAGCUUGGGUUUAACGGCCAAUCGGUAUCUUGAAUUAAGUAGGCAUUCAUCAUUUGUCAUUGCAUCAUUGUAAUGGCAAAUAUUAAGUCUUUUUCAGAUGACGAAAAUCAAGUUUGGGUGCUGGGUUCCUCAAUUAUUAAGAGAGCUUUCAUACAGGCCAGGUCCUCUGCAGAAGGGGUGCAUCUAGGGCUGCAACGCUACAGAAUUAAAUUGUGGUGGCAGGGUAAGAGUGGCAUGCGUUGGAGUCAAGUUCUAAGCAUGGUGAAGAUAAUGCUAAAGUAUGAAUCACCCCCCAAAGCUUUGGUUAUACACUGUGGUGGGAAUGAUGUGGGACAGUUUUCUUUGGGACAUUUGAGGCAUACAAUUUUAGAUACAUUGGACACGCUUAGGGCUCAGCUACCAGAAACAUUCAUUAUUUGGUCACAGAUUCUACCAAGGAAGUGGAGAUAUGAAAGACCAUUGGGUAAUUUAAAUAGACACAGAGUAAGAAUUAACAGUAAAGUUGCUACUGACAAUUUAUCGAAAGGUGGUGGGUAUAUUAAAUACCCUGAGAUUGUUUGUGGCAGCCCUGCAUUGUUUUUAGAGGAUCAAGUGCAUCUUUCAGACCUUGGUAAUUUCUUUUUCCUACAUAAUCUACAGCAAGGUCUUUUUUCCUAUUUUAAGCUUGACCAGAGAGUGUUUCCCCAGCAAUAAUACCAAUUGAGUGGCUACAUUGAUGGACAUUUCAUUCAUGGUGAUUGUGGCAUUGGCUGCUUCAGCUACCUUUAUAUCUCUAUUUAGAGACAGGGGUAAUCUGGAGUAGUUCACGGCAGGGAUUUUCCUGCUUAUUUGAUGAGUUUUGAUUUUAUGUGCAGUGAUUUUCCUGCAAUUUUGACAAUUUGUCAUUAAUUUUUGUGGGAGUGAGCAAGAAUUUCUUGCUAGGUAACUUGACCCUUUGAAGUGAUAUAAGUUUAUGAUUGCUGGUAUUGAUUUGAUAGUUGAAGUCAAUUUGCAAUUUGUUUUGAAUGUUAUUACUGGUGGCGGUGUCAAGUACCGGGAUAGAAUUUAAGGGUCUGUAGUAUGCUUUUUGCUAUUUCUAUCUGCGGUCCUUGCCAUGUGGCGGGGUAGAGGUUGCCACCAGGAAUAAUAAGUAUUUAGUUAAUAUUUCCCCUUAAAUUACAGCUAUUCAAAAUGACGGCUGACCACAGAGUCAUUUCUGUAUAUAGCUUAUUGACAGAUCUUGUCACAUAUUUAUCUAUCUAUUUGAGGUGGCCCCAAGCCCAAUUUGGGUGGUAACCUCUUGGUGACGAAGCCAUGUCCACAAUCGCCAAACAUAACAUAGCUGAAGGUAUGAUAUAUCACUUAAAGUUUAUGGACUCUUGUAUAGGCAAAUGAAUAUUGGGUUUGAGUAUAUGUAAAUUUUACUCAUGAUUGCUUAAUAAACAAUGUAAACAUGA